GAGAGUCGCCGUGAAGAAACGCCGUUUCUUCGGAAAUGCCAGCCUUCGUUCGGCGCCUGUUUGAUUCCUUCUCACACCGGAACCCGGAGGGAUAAAACCGGGGCUGGGGCCGUUCGAGGGCAGACCGGGCGCCGACUAGCCUCCAUUUUUAUUUCAAACGUUGGGGGAGCUUGUGCGUCUCCAGGAACCGGAUCGCCGCGGUAGCUGGUGCCUCAUUGGCACAUGUCCCGGCGGGGUGGAGCGUAGCGGGGCUGCCUCUUGUUUUGCGGUCGUGUUUUCUCAGCCUCACAACAGUGCAGCUGCAGCGGCCGUCGGGAGAGGAGGGUCCGGCACCAACCCGCUGAUCGAAUCGGUGGAUUCUCGGUCUCGUUUUCCCGGGGCUCAGCCUGAAACCCGAGGGGUGAAUCUAUUUCCGUGCGCAGUUUCCAGGGCCCCACAGGGGACAAAGCGACAGAGGGACUGCCGGGGCUGGACAAGGUCCGGGAUCGUCGUGGACACCGUCCCCGCUGUCCCGAAGGAGCGUUUCUACUCUGGAGCUUCUCGGUCGCCAAAUGGGUGCGAGUGCGUGAGGAGAAUACUAAUGAACGGCGCGCUGCGUCCUGCCGAGGCGCACCGCGUCCCCCGCUGCUGCUGAGGGCCACCGCAGAGCCGACCGGUCAUCCACAGCGCCCCGGGCUCCCCCGGAGGGAAUUUUAUGAGCGGGGUCUGAGCCCCAGAGCUGCGGCUAGUUCCAGACCCGGGGUGGGCAAAACCCUCAGCUGCUGCGGAGAAAGACGCCAAAAUGGGCAACAGCUUCUCCAACAUCUCAGCCUUCCAGUCUCUUCACAUCGUCAUGCUGGGCUUGGACUCUGCAGGGAAGACCACGGUGCUUUACAGACUCAAAUUCAAUGAAUUUGUCAACACGGUCCCUACGAUCGGGUUCAACACGGAGAAGAUCAAGCUGAGCAAUGGCACCGCCAAGGGCAUCAGUUGUCAUUUCUGGGACGUGGGAGGCCAGGAGAAGCUGAGGCCCCUGUGGAAGUCCUACAGCCGGUGCACCGACGGCAUCAUUUACGUUGUGGACUCGGUGGACGUCGACCGGCUGGAGGAGGCCAAGACCGAGCUGCACAAAGUCACCAAGUUCGCGGAGAACCAGGGCACGCCGCUGCUGGUCAUCGCCAACAAGCAGGACCUGCCCAAGUCUCUCCCCGUGGCGGACAUCGAGAAGCAGCUGGCUCUGCACGAGCUCAGCCCCUCCACCACCUAUCACAUCCAGCCUGCGUGCGCUAUAAUAGGCGAGGGGCUCCACGAGGGGAUGGACAAGCUGUACGAGAUGAUAGUGAAGAGGAGGAAAACCUUAAAACAGAAGAAGAAGCGGUAACAGCUGCUGACCCUGGACAGCGUGCUAGUCUCGUUUACUGUAACCAAUCCGGGUUCUGCCAGCGUUGCCCUACACAGGUUUACUUUGCAGUGGCUUUACUGUUACUACUCUUUUUUUUUUACCUCCUCAGUUUGGAUUAAAAGCUGUUCGAUGCUGUGAAGCCCUGCUGGGUGAUGCUUUUGCACACAGGAGGCCGCCUCAGUGGCUGCAGGAUAUGAAAACAAAAAAGGUGAACCAAAAAGACUGAGAAAAGAAACUUGAAAAUGACUCUUCAGGACUACAGCAGGGGGAGGAGGGGGGGGCAGGCUGGCCUGUCCAUCUGCUGCUUCAGACUUUGGAGGAGCUCCUGUGCUGUCGCUCCCUGAGGACUUUUAUGGAGGAAUUGUUUUCUUGUUUCCCCCCAUCCACAGGACGUGCACUGUGGAAACACUAGUUUGAUUUUGCACGUGACUCGGGCCAGUCGUGCCCCCUGCCCUUAUUGUUUUGUUUUUUUUGUGGGGGGGGGUACAUCCGUAGUAUGGGUCUUUGAUCAUGGAUGUCACGCAGACUGUUUUCUUUCUUGGAGCAUUGAAGUAGCCUUUCCUCUGUUUGGUGGGCUGAGGACAGUGUCCACUACUUUGCACUUUUCAUUUCCUGACAGUAGACAACUACACUGUAUUAAUAGAGGAGCAGAUCCAGGUGGUUUAUGUACUAAGAAAGCAGAAUUGAAGUAUUUUUUGAAUAUUAAAAAGACAUAAAAUGACAUGAUUCGGGUGAAUGUUCUUCAUUUACGUGUGGUUGAAGGAGAAGUGAUGGUGGUGAUGGAGGCUACGCAGUCAGCAGGAAGUGGGUAAUACG